AUGGUCCAAAUUGGGAAAGAAGUUCGCUUCUCAAAGGAUACCCUAGAUCCCUGGGGACUCGCCUUGGGAAGAGAAGCCUCUAGCCGUUGCCAUCUCAACCACCCCGAUCAAUCUGUCAACUUUGAAGCCCCAAAACUCAGUGAUCCUUCAAUUUCUUCCAUCGAAACUGAAUCGCCCUCAAGUAAGAAGCAGAAGGUAGAUCAAGGCAAGGUGGACUCUACGACAGCACGUCCCUCGGGGUUCGAAAAAAUACCUGCAACGCUCCCAUCAAAGGGGUCUCCAAUCCAUUCCGAGGCUGAAGAAUCUUCUGGGUCGUUACAGAAAGCCACGGUCAACGAAAUCCGACCAUCCACGAGCCAUCCGCGGCCUUCAGACUCCUGCGACUCGGAGGACAAGGCAACAGAACUUGUUCGACUCAAACAACAGCUCCUCGCAGCAAAUUCUAAAAUCGCCUUACAGGAGCAGGAACUCGCCCAAACCCGUGUGAUCAAGCAUACUUUGGAUCAGGCUCUAGGGCCUCCAUCUGAAGCUGACUUUGGAGGCCGCGAGAUCACUGAGCAGACAAUCAGCCAUCUGCAAAACGCCUUUAACUCGUCACAGCCCACCUUCGGUCAGAUGCAGGAUGCGUGGAAUUCACAAGAGGACUCACAGUCCGACAUUUCUGAUGCUCUCUCUGCUGGAGCCUAUAAUCGUACUCGCGGGUUGUGGCACCAGCAAAGACAGCCGUCAUUCGGACCUCCAAUCAACGAAGCUACCUUUGAUAAAUCUUACGGCGAGACUCUUCACUGCAAUCCUCAUCAAACAAGUCAAGACCUCAGUCGUUUUUGGGGUGGGUCUCCUGUGUAUCCCACUUUCCCCUCUCAUGGAAUGAUACAGCCCCAGCGAGUGUUCUCGGGCCCUUCGAGCUCUUCGGCGAGUACAUGCAGUUUCUUUCCUCGCCCUUCUAAUGAGCAGCUUCGGAAUCCACAGGCUCCAGGCUUGAUACCUCGUCGCUCUCUUACUCAAGGCAAUAGACUUGAGGCGUUUCCUAUGACACACCCCUCUUCAUGGGGUGGGUUCUCACCGGGGUCACCACUUGACGUUGAAACAAAACCUUCAUCUCCAACCACGAGACCACCCAGCACUUUUCAGCCUAUUGGAGUCUUUCAGAUGCCCCAAUAUCAUGCAAGAACAGGAACAACUGCACUCUCACCAACUGCCACGGAGUUCACGACUACUAGUUCGAGCGAAACACCGUGGACCUCUUCACCUAGUAGAAGUUCCUUACAGACCUACAUCUCACCACUCGAACCUCUCAAUUACCGUCGUUUGCUCGAUAAGAAUGUUUCAUGCGACUGGAAGUACAUUGUGGAAAAGAUCGUCUGCAACAAUGAUCAACAAGCUUCUAUUUUUCUUCAACAGAAGCUGAAGGUAGGAACGAUGGAACAAAAAUACGACAUAAUUGAAGCUAUUGUCAACCAAGCAUAUCCCCUAAUGGUCAAUCGAUUCGGCAAUUUCCUGGUUCAGCGGUGCUUUGAGCAUGGGACCCCCGAGCAGGUCAUCGCAAUCGCCAAUUCGAUCCGAGGAAAUACUCUCAGCUUGAGUAUGGAUCCAUUCGGCUGCCAUGUCAUUCAGAAAGCAUUCGACUGCGUCCCUGAAGAAAACAAAUCCACUAUGGUGCACGAGCUCCUUCGUCGGAUUCCGGAAACCGUUGUUCAUCGAUACGCAUGCCAUGUGUGGCAGAAGUUGUUUGAGCUUCGAUGGGAUGGAGAGCCGCCCCAAAUUAUGGCUAAAGUGAACGAGGCAUUACAUGGCAUGUGGCAUGAAGUCGCGCAGGGAGAGACUGGAAGCUUGGUGGUCCAGAACAUCUUCGAGAAUUGUGUGGAGGAAGAAAAGGUACGUAUCUCCAACUCCCACAACCACCAGCGCCCUUCCCACCCCUCAAACGCCCAAGCACAUGAGUAUGGUGUUCCUACUAACUUCAUGAAGCGGCCUGCAGUUGAAGAGGUUCUCGAAAAGAUUGACGUUCUCGCCCAUGGUCAAUUUGGAAAUUGGUGCAUCCAACACAUUUGCGAGCAUGGCGCUCCCCACGACAAAAGUCGUGCCAUUGAGCAUGUUCUACACUUUGCCGUUGACUACAGUAUGGACCAAUUUGCUUCAAAAAUUGUGGAGAAAUGCUUGAAGAUUGGGGGUGCUGAAUUUCUGGAGCGCUACCUUUCUCGAGUAUGCACUGGACGUGCCGAUCGUCCAAGGAUGCCCUUGAUUGAUAUCGCGGGUGACCAAUAUGGAAAUUACUUGAUACAAUGGAUACUAAUGAACGCUGCACCUCACCAACGGGAGCUGGUCGCCAGCCACAUCCGGAAGCAUAUGGUUUCUCUCCGAGGCUCCAAGUUCGGUUCUCGUGUAGCAAUGCUUUGCUGUAAUCCAUCGCAUGCUACUCGGCCUGGUCCGGGAACUGGUAUCCAAGUUGGCCGGUUGCACCAUUUCAACGAAGAUCGAUACUCAACUGCUGGAAACAAUGGUGCUCGCUUCAACCGUGGCAGCCAGUGGGGCUCCAGCUACGCACCUUUUCGUUAG